AUGCGCUCACCACGCAUCGGGCUACUCCUACUAAUUCUGAAUGGGGUCUCAUUGCUCGCAAAUUGCCGCGCGCUACCGGCCUCCGACCAACUCCAGCGCGUGAGGGUGGUUUCCUCCGACCUCGCUCCGUCGGCUGAAGCCCACACGCGACGAUUAAGGUCUUCUAACGUUAUGGACGAAGAAGAUGGCGGUGCCACAGACGAGGACGAAGAGAGACUGCUCAACCCGUCCGCCACCGCCAAGUUGAAGGCGGAGCUGGAGGCGAUCAACAUGAAGCACAACUUCCGAGACUGGUUCCAGGUCAAGAAGACGCUCGAGCAGGUGCGCUCCUUCUUGGGGCUUCCAGCAACGGGCGAGGCGGUCAGCCACGCCAAUUGGGCGGCAUUCCAGAACUACCUGAAGUACGUGCAGGAGAUGGAGGAACAUGCUGCCAAAGUGGCCAAAGCGGCGGCUGCCAAGCAGAGGCUGGACUUCAAAGGAUGGUAUCUCGAGGGAAAGUCAUUCAAGCAGGUACGCGCAAUUCUGGGGCUCCCUGAAAAGGGACCUGCGCCAACCAACCCGAACUGGGAGACUUUCUUGGACUAUUUAAGGUUCUUCAAGGAGUACUCGCAACAAUUCCCCCACUAG